AAACGUAAAAAGGAUUAAAAUUGUCCGUAAGCGCAAAUGGGAAUGUUUUUGCCAUUGGAAUCGAGGGAAUCAAGAUCGCUGGUGGAAAGUGGAUUGAUCUAAUGAGACUGGUUUCGGGAUCCAAGGUUUUUAUGCUUCGCUUUAUUUAUUUUUUCACCCGCCAAAUUCAUGUUGCUGAUUGAUGUCUCUCUGUUUUGGGGUGGUGGAUCUAACAUCCUGUGCUGUUCUUCCUUUGAUUUUGGACACUUCUGAUGUGGGUUUUUGUUGGGGGUGGUUGGAACUCCAAAAAUAUCAAAUGACAAACUGAUUUUAAGUUUUUGAAAAAUAGAUUGAGCAAGGUAGUAGAAGACAAACUGAUUCCAAUCUAUGUUAGUAGAACCAAGUUGCUGUUGUUCUGUGUUUCUAUAUGUAUACGUGUAGUGUGCUAUAUAUUUAGUGGAGGUACUGGGAAUAGGCAAAGAUGUGAAUGGAGCUUAUAGAAUUCACAUUAUGGUUUCCCUCCGCGCUCCCCGCCGCCCCGGAGCAAAACAAUGUGUUAGAUUAUUUGGCAUGUUCUUGAACCAGUGUGAAACCGUAUGAACCUAUUAGCAUUAACUACCAAGUUAUGAUUCUAUGAGGUACAAUAGUUAUAUUUUUUUGCAUAGAAAUUCUUUAUUGAUUUCAACUGUACCUUAAUAACCUUUUUCUAGUACGAACUGUUCUUCUCUGCCACUCUUACAGUAGCCGCAUGGGCAAGGGUAGCUGGAUUCCUUUCCAAAUUUUGCAGCUUUCCUAGUGUAUCUUUGAAUAACAACAAUCUUGAUCAUAUCCCCUCUGGAGGAACUUGAAGAACCAUUAAUACGUCUAUUUUAAGUAACUUCUACAUUUGGUUUAAGCAAAAUUUCUUGAGCUUUGUGCAACUUACCUUUAUUAAUGUUUCUUGUCCUGUCGCUCUUCUAUUCACACUGGAACUUGAAUAGCAAUUUUUAGUGAAACACAAUUUUUUUUUCUUUUUGGGUAUAAUCAAUUUGAUUAUAAAUAUCAUGAAAUCUUACCAUUGUGCAUUGUUCUCUUCUUAACUCUAGUGUGUUUUAUUCAUAGAAUUUUCUUUACGCAUAAUGAUAUCCGCAUGAUAAUUCAAUGAAACGGAGUAUUGUUAUUGAUAAUUGGAUUAUAUGUUAUUUUAAACAGUUUUGGGGUUCUUGAAUUGAUUAACUAAAAGGAUUUUACCUUUUUCUUUUAGCAUUACAUAUGUAAAAUAGAUAGGCUUUUCUUCAGUUUUAAGAUUGUUAUGGUCCAGGCUUUGCAUUGACCAAAUCAUCAAAUGAAUUGUGUUUUGAGAAAGUUGUGCUCUUGAAUAUUGGUUCUUAAAAAUGUUUUCCAAGUUAUUCUUUUGCCUGUUAGCUCCUUUGUAUUAGCUGUGGGAGUGGAAUUUUUUGGCAUUCUGGUAGUCUCUUUUGGGAGUAAAAUGAUGUAUUUUAGAAGAUGCAAGAGCUGCCUCUAAGCACUAAGAUUUUGAGUGCAUGCUUUGACAUUUCCUACUAAUACAUGAAUGACCAUGAAUCUUGCACUGCUGCACUGUGUUAGGUACUGAGAUUUGUGAACCAGAUUUAUACAACAUUCGGUUCUUACUUCUGAGCUUGAUUACUUUGUGUUGAUUGUUGAUUGCGGUCUGUGGAGCAAUGGCAUCUAGAGCUUCUAAUGUCGAUCUCUUUGAUGCUUAUUUUCGGCAUGCUGAUUUGGACCACGACGGCCGCAUCAGUGGCACCGAAGCUGUCUCCUUCUUCCAAGGCUCUGGUUUGCCCAAGCAGGUCCUCGCUCAGAUUUGGGCUUUUGCAAACCAAAGCCAGAGUGGAUUCCUUGGUCGGGCAGAGUUUUACAAUGCCCUUAAGCUUGUCACUGUAGCACAAAGUAAGCGGGAGCUUACUCCUGAAAUAGUAAAAGCAGCAUUAUAUGGUCCAGCUACAUCUAAAAUACCUGCACCUCAAAUCAAUUUUAGUGCCAUAGUUGCACCCGAACUGAAUUCUUCUGCACCUACGCCUACACCUAUGCCCACCACCACAGCUACACCUGCAUCUGCACCUGCAUCUACAUCUGCACCUGCAUCUACAUCUGCAUCUGCAUCACAGAGUAAUAUUAAUUCUAUGCCCCAUCAAAAUGUUGGACUAAGAGGGCCACUCCCAAGUUUAAGUGGAAACCAGCAAAAUCUUCCUUACCCGGGAAGCCCAUUAGUGAAGCCAACACAAAAUAUCCCUGAUAGUGCUUCUAAUCUAGCACCUGGUAUUACCAAUCAGGGAAUCCGUGGAGUGAUGGCUGGUGGAGGACCUCAUGCUGAAACUCAUGGCAUACAAAGUGAUGGGUCCACUCCCCAGAUGGUUGGUGUUCCAGCGGUAACAUCCUCUCUAAUAGCACCUAGAGGACGUAGUCCCACAUCUACUCAAGAGGUGUCUGGGCUUGCAACAUCUGGAUCAAAUGUUAGACUGGCAGUGGGACAAUAUCCUGCCUCUGACACUAAGUCAUCUGAUCAAGCGGCUAAGGAUUCUAAGUCAGCGGAUACUUCUGGGAAUGGUGUUGCUUCUUAUAUAGCCUUUGGAGGGGAUAUGUUCUCUGCAAGCUCGUUUCAGCCCAAGAAAGAUUCUUCUACACUAGGAUUUUCUUCUGGAGGGAACCUGCAGUCUAUUAGGACUAGCUUGACUGAAUCUUUGCAGAGCCCAAUUGCAUCCCAGCCUGUUGGUGCACAGCUUCCACAGGUCCAACCAGUGGGGAAACAGAAUCAGCAUGCCUUGGUCCAAACACAUAAUAUGCCAAAUCCACCUGGACAUCCAGUGAGGUUGCAGGAUUCUGCUUCUAGUCAGCCUCAAUCUCCAUGGCCAAGGAUGACUUCAACUGAUAUUCAGAAGUAUACAAAAGUAUUUGUUGCAGUAGAUACAGAUAGGGAUGGGAAAAUCACUGGGGAACAAGCCCGGAACUUGUUCCUUAGCUGGAGAUUACCACGGGAGGUUUUAAAGCAGGUUUGGGACUUAUCUGAUCAAGAUAAUGAUAGCAUGCUUUCUCUCAGGGAGUUUUGUAUUGCACUGUACCUAAUGGAACGACACAGGGAAGGACGUGCUCUUCCAGGAGUACUUCCAAGUAACAUUCUCCUUGCUUUACCACCUUCUGGCCUACCUGCUACUCAGUACAGUUCUGUAACUUGGGGAAAUCCAUCAGGCUUUCAACAAGAGGAAGGGAUGAGUGACCCUGGUGCUCAACGAGUGAACCCAACUACAGGCCGGCCACCAAGGCCAGCUUCUGUUUUUCCGUCUGAUGAAGGACUUCAAAAACAGCAAAAGUCCCAAGUUCCAGUGUUGGAGAAGCACGUCAUUAAUCAGUUGAGUUCAGAUGAGCAAAAUUCAAUUAAUUCAAAGUUUCAAGAAGCAUCAGAAGCUGAUAAGAAGGUGGAAGCACUUGAGAAAGAAAUUGUGGAGUCCAGAGAGAAAAUAGAAUUCUGCCAUGCAAAAAUGCAGGAACUUGUUCUGUACAAGAGCAGAUGUGACAAUCGUCUUAAUGAGAUCAUAGAAAGGACAUCAGCUGACAAGCGUGAGGUUGAGAUCCUCGCAAAAAAGUACGAAGAUAAAUAUAAGCAAGUUGGAGAUGUAUCAUCCAAGUUAACUACUGAGGAAGCCACAUUUCGUGACAUACAGGAGAAAAAAAUUGAAGUGUAUCAAGCAAUUGCCAAGAUGGAACAAGAUGGAAAUGCUCAUGCUGAUUGUAUCCAAUCAGACCUUGAUGAAAUGGUAAAAUCUCUAAACAACCGGUGUAAGAAGUAUGGAUUACGUGCAAAGCCAACAACACUUGUGGAACUACCCUUUGGCUGGCAGCCUGGUAUCCAAGAAGGAGCUGCUGACUGGGAUGAAGAUUGGGAUAAGCUUGAAGAUAAAGAAUUCGCCUUUGUCAAAGAACUCACACUUGAUGUGCAAAACAUCAUCGCACCUCUGAAACAAAAAUUGCCAUUGGCUUUGAAACAGAAAGAUUCAGAAAUUGAUAGUUCCAGAAUUGCAGCUUCACCUAAGAGUGAUAAAAAGUCUGAAAAUCCCCAGAACACAGAUGAGCAAGAAGUUGGCAAUAUUCAUAAUAAAAGUGAAGAUGGGUCUGCAAAAAGUGCUCCUAACAGUCCAUUUUCUAGGAGUUCUAUUGGAAGCCCCCAGAGAGACUUUGCUGACUCUGGCAUGGGGAUGAUUGCUGCUGGCGAAGAUCGCUCACCCCGUGAUCAAGAUAUCAUACAAGGAACCCAAAGUGAUCAUAGUGGAGUCAAGUCUGUCUUUUCUGGUGAGAAAAUUUUCGACGAACCAAAUUGGGGAACCUUUGACGCUAAUGAUGAUAUUGACUCAGUUUGGGGAUUCAAUGCCAGUAGCACCACAAACGAGGAGAGAGAUCUUAAGGGAGCUGGAGAUGACUAUUUCUUUGGUUCUGGGGAUCUGGGCCUUGGCUCGAUUAAAACAGGUUCACCACAGGGUGGUGAUCCCUUCCUGAAGAGUGGCGGAUUCAGUUUUGAUGAUUCUGUUCCAAACACACCACUUUUCAGCUCCAGCAGCUCUCCACAAAGGCCCAAAGAGUGGUUGGACAGUUCUUUUGACAACUUCUCUAGAUUUGAUUCUUUCCGUUCAGAGGAUAGUGGCACUUUAUCUACUCGGGAGACACCAGCGCGGUUUGAUUCAGUCCGCAGAGAUAUGGACUUUGAUCAUCUUCAAGGCUUUCCGGCAUUUGAAGACUCAGAUCCCUUUGGCUCUGGGCCAUUUAGGACUUCAUCAGAAAACGAAGCUCACAGAAGAGGUUCUGAUAAGUGGAGUGCUUUUUAGUUUUCUGGUUCUUUCCUAUUUGCGGUGUUGCCUCUGAUGGAAUGGGUUGUCUGUCACAUUGUUGGGAACCUGGCAUUUGUAUUCAUUGUAUUAAUCCUGUGUAUUCCUUGUUAUUCUGAACCUGUUUAUAAUUUUGCCAUGUUGGUUCGUAAUUUUUCCGUAGGGUACCUUUGUCCACUUGAAGAGGAUUGUGGUCCCGAUGACUAUCGGAUUGUUGUCUGCUGAGGGAAGUUUCAUUGUGAUUCUUUGUUUUC